AUGGUUAAUUCUUCUACCAAACACUUCCUAAACUUUAUCUCUUCUUUUGCUAUCCAUUUCUUUCUCUUCUCGAUUGUCCUUUUCUCAGUAUCCAUCUUAUCAGCAUCAAAUGCUUUAAAUUCAAAACCACACCCCUUUAUCCUUCCCAUUAAGAAAGAUCCAAAAACCAACAUGUUCUACACUUCAGUUGGCAUAGGAAGUCCACGAACAACUUUUGAUCUAGUCAUUGAUCUUGCAGGAGAAAACCUCUGGUACUAUUGUGGCAAUCACAAUCACUACAAUUCAUCAUCAUAUAGUCCAAUCAGCUGUGACUCGAAAACAUGCCCCAGAACUAUUCAUCCAUGCGGUGGAUGCAAUGGCCCUUUUAAACCAGGUUGCACAAAUAACACAUGUCGCACUGACAAUUACAACCCCUUAGCUCAAAUCAUUUUCACUAGGGACAUUGGUGAGGAUGUCAUAUUCAUUUCUCAAAUUCAAGUGCCUGGCUUUCUUUCUAGCUGUACUGGCUCCAACUUAUACUGGACUCUAAAAGGGUUACCUAAAAACAAUAAAGAGAUUAUAGGCCUUGCAAGGUCACAACUUGCAUUGCCAACUCAGCUUGCUUUGGCAAAGAAGCUUCCUCCCAAGUUUUCUCUGUGUUUACCUUCUUCAAACAACCAAGGAUUCACCAACUUACUCAUUGGAGCGGUGGAACAUCCUCGUAAAGUGUCCGAAUUUGUCCAAACCACUCCUUUGGUUGUUAAUUCCUUUGACACAGACGCGGCUCUCUGGACCCCUAUCCACUCACCUGGGACUGCUGACCCCGACAAUAAAACUGUCAUCAACAUGCAAAAUAUGAGCCGUAUCCUACAUGAAAAAGGUGUUCCCUCUGCGAAACACUUUAUUGACGUGAAAUCAAUUAAGAUUGAUGGCCCAAACAAUCCCUUGAAGCCUUCCCUAUUGUCCAUUGAUACAAAGGGUAACGGGGGUACCAAAAUUAGCACCAGGACUCAAAGGGGAGUACAAUGGACUAUUCAUGGAACAAAUUCAAUGGUAAUGGCAAAGAAAAAUGUAGCAUGUCUCGCAUUUGUUGAUGGAGGAACGAUAGCAACAAUGUCGUUUUAUAAAGCUUCAACUGUUAUUGGUUCGCAUCAGAUGGAGGAAAAUCUAUUGGUGUUUGAUAUUGCUUCCUCCAAAUUAAGCUUCAGCUCCUCGCUUUUGCUUCACAAUGGGAGCUGUUCCCACUUUUCAGCGUUAUAG